CCUGCCACCAGCUCAGCGCCCCGGAGGACAGCGUGGCGAGUCCCAGAGCCCGCGCCAUGCAGGCCACUGCCGAUUCCACCAAGAUGGACUGUGUGUGGAGCAACUGGAAAAGUCAGGCAAUCGACCUGCUGUACUGGCGGGACAUCAAGCAGACGGGAAUCGUGUUUGGGAGCUUCCUGCUGCUGCUCUUCUCCCUGACCCAGUUCAGCGUGGUGAGCGUCGUGGCCUACCUGGCCCUGGCUGCACUCUCAGCCACCAUCAGUUUCCGCAUCUACAAGUCCGUGCUCCAAGCUGUGCAGAAAACCGACGAGGGUCACCCUUUCAAGGCCUACCUGGAGCUCGAGAUCACCCUGUCCCAGGAGCAGAUCCAGAAGUACACGGACUGCCUGCAGCUCUACGUGAACAGCACGCUGAAGGAGCUGCGGAGGCUCUUCCUCGUCCAGGACCUCGUGGAUUCCUUAAAAUUUGCAGUGCUGAUGUGGCUCCUGACCUACGUGGGCGCGCUCUUCAACGGCCUAACCCUGCUGCUCAUGGCUGUGGUUUCAAUGUUUACUCUACCUGUAGUGUAUGUUAAGCACCAGGCACAGAUUGACCAAUACCUAGGACUUGUGAGGACUCACAUAAAUGCUGUGGUGGCAAAGAUCCAGGCUAAAAUCCCAGGUGCCAAAAGGCACACCGAGUAGGUGGCUGUCCCGGCGGGGACUGGACACACACAGGGAUGUCUGAGUGGUAACAGCUCUCGUCUUAGUCAUGGCUGCAAAUCCAUUGUUUUUCCCCAGUACCAUGAUCUUAGAGGCAAACUUUGAAACAGCUAUUUUUAGGCUGUUCCUGUACUCUUAGGAUAUUUCAGUCACUUGUGUCAAGCACUAAAGUGUAGAGAAAAGUGUAUUAGAUGUGGUUUUUAAUUUUGUGUUGCUAACAAAAGUGCAUGAUGGUGAGAGCCCGUGUCAUUGUUCCUUCCCCGGUGCCCCUCCGCUCUGCAGUGCUCCUGUAGCUUCUCAUGUCCCUGCGGCUAGGCCUUUCCUGCCAAGUGCUGACGCAAUAGUGGAAAUCGCUUCUAUGUCCUUUGGUUGCU